GUGAAUAAUACAAGCUAAUAUUUCACAUCGUCGUUGGGUCGCUCGUCCAGCGCCACUCUGCUCGCGCCCGGGGCUAGCCACGUUAGCAUCAAGCUAGCCCAGCGUCCAGAGCUUGAUGCGGGGCGAGGGUGAAGUCAGGGAGGCAAUGACAGCGGUAGGUGGUGGCAACACGUCGACCUAACCCCUCCACCGCCCAGCCGGCGAGCUCGGCCUUUGUUUACCUGCUUCCCAGGUAGGACGUGAGGGGAGGGGAAGGGGGGCAGGGCAACCCAGCAAGUAGGAGGGAUGCCGGUGGAGGGCGGAAGCAGCAGCGGCUCUGCAUCAGCCACCCGCCACCCCAAGCAGAAACGCAAGGCUCACAGUCUGUCCAUCCGGCGCACCAACAGCACAGAGGACAGGCCCCAGGGCGUCCAAAGAGGAGACAUGCUGGAGGGACAGGAUUCAAAGUUGCCUCUCCCCAUACGAAGCAAUCUUCUCGAACUUUUUGGCCAAAUCGAGCGCGAGUUUGAAAACCUUUACAUCGAAAACAUUGAAUUACGCCGGGAAAUCGACUCCCUGAAUGAGAGACUGACUGGAGAUGGACAAACAAUCGAGGGAGGAGAUCCCACCAAGGGAGCGCUGAAAACAAAAGCCAGUCACAGCACAAGUCAACUGUCACAGAAGCUGAAGACGACCUACAAAGCCUCUACCAGCAAGAUUGUGUCCAGUUUCAAAGCCACCGCAGGGUCUCGGGCUGUGUGUCAGCUGCUCAAGGAGUAUGUGGGUCACCGGGACGGGAUCUGGGACCUCAGCGUCACUCGAACUCAGCCGGUGGUACUGGGCACCGCCUCUGCAGACCACUCGGCUCUGCUUUGGAGCAUAGAGACUGGGAAAUGUCUUCUGAGAUAUGCUGGUCAUGCUGGUUCAGUUAACUCCAUCAAGUUCCACCCCACAGAGCAGAUGGCCAUCACAGCCUCUGGGGACCAGACGGCGCACAUCUGGCGCUACAUGGUGCAGCUUCCUGUCCCCCAGCCACCACCAGAUGUCAGUGCUCCUUGUGAUGACGACCAGGACUUGUCAGACCGAGAGGAAGGAGAGGUGGAUGGAGAGGGCCCCUGCGAGGUCCCCACCGUCCGGGUGCCUACAGCCACCCUGAAGAGUCACCAGGGUGUAGUGAUCGCAGCCGAUUGGUUGGUUGGAGGCCGACAAGUGGUGACAGCUUCCUGGGAUCGUGCUGCGAACCUGUAUGAGGUGGAGACGUCUGAGCUGGUGCACACACUCACUGGCCAUGACCAGGAGCUGACCCACUGCUGUACACACCCUACCCAGCGUCUGGUGGUCACCUCAUCCAGAGACACCACCUUCAGACUGUGGGACUUCAGAGACCCGUCCAUCCACUCUGUCAACGUCUUCCAGGGACACACCGACACGGUGACGUCGGCGGUGUUCACGGUGGGCGACAACGUGGUUUCAGGGAGCGACGACCGCACCGUCAAGGUGUGGGAUCUGAAGAACAUGAGGUCCCCCAUAGCAACCAUCCGCACUGACUCAGCUGUGAACAGGAUAAGCGUCUCCGCCAACCAGAGGAUCAUCGCCCUGCCACAUGACAAUCGACAGGUCCGACUGUUUGACAUGAGCGGAGUGAGGCUGGCCAGACUUCCACGAAGCAACAGGAUGGGUCACAGGCGUAUGGUAUGCUGCACAGCGUGGAACGAAGAGAACCAGUCGUGCAACCUGUUCACCUGCGGCUUCGACCGCCAGGCCAUUGGCUGGAACAUCAACAUCCCUGUCCUGCUGCAGGAGAAGUGAUGCCACUGACGCACACACGCACACACACACAAAUACACUCACAGCAACGCACACAGUGAAGUAGGAGACGAUCAGAAUCGAUCCAUGUAAAUACAAUGUGGUACAUACACUGUAAUCUGUGGACCUCGUACGUGCUCGUACGGUGAAAGCGUUUACCCUGUGAAACAUGGUCGUUGUGCAUUUCACGCAGGUGUGACGUGUGAAAUACGUUUUUCAUUAUUGUCUUAUUUUUUGGAAUGCAGAUGUGACACUGAUUGACGAGAGCAUACUAUUCCUCUGGUUAAUUUAUUCUGUCUCUCAGUGUGCACAUGUGCAGAACGACACAGUUCCGACACUUUUGUUUUCAGAGUUUGCACGAGGCCACGCCCCUCUGUGUUUUUGUGCCCUUCCAUUGUUUAGCAUGGAUUGUCGAGCCCUCCCUGUGAAAGAAAUGACAAACUAUAAAUCUGACUCCACAGUCGCAGGCUGCUGUUCACGUCACUGCUGUUUUCUGUUACUGCCUAAUGGAGGCUCUCGCAUGUAGAUAAACUACAGUCAUGAGCCCAGGAGAGUUUGUAGAAUAUGAUUUAAAGACAUUCUGUAUAUAUGAAGUUGAGGCCUCCGUUGCAGGUUGUUGCUUGUUUCUGAAGAUGACGUGAAACGUUUUUAUCCUUUUAGUCAAAACAGAAUAUUUCCUAUCAUGGAGCCAAACAUAUCAUCACAUCCCCUCCUGCACGUUAUCUUAACAUGUUCCACACAGGACCUGCUCUUUCAAAGAUGGAGAUUUGUGUCUUUGCCUAUUAGUACCUUGGAUGCUUUCAGUUCACAGCCAGCCUAUAUAUAAAUAUAUGUAAUAUUUUGAACGUAUACUGUAACCCUGCCUUGUUCCAUGUUUACAGGAUGUUUUCAUUUUUUUUUAAGCAUUGCUUAAAUUCUGCCUUUCGGUCAGGAUGCAAAGUGUCAAGAGCAAAGUAAACAUCUGCACUCGGGUUGCUCUGGAAUCCUCUAGAGGUGUGAGAUGCGUUCAUCGUCAUCCUAAAUGAAAUAUUCACCACAGGUUGCAAGUGUAGUUAGUAUCAUUUUCUGGACUCAUAUGUUUUUUUUUCUUUCUAUUUUUAUUCACGAGUGUAUUCUUCGGUUAGAGAGCAGGGCUGCUUCUUCUCCAAACCCUGCGUUAACUCUUAAACAGCCCCUGCUUGUGCUUUGAUUUCCUGCCCUCCUGCCUCUCACCUAUUCUCCCCACACUCCUGCUUGUGAGCCCCCAGGAAACGUCUUCUCGUGAAUUGAAUGUAAUUUUCCACCGUAGCUUUAUUUCUUUGAGAUUCCUUUACGGGCUGUUACUCUCACCGGGUUCAUCCCAAUAUCCCACCCUCCAAACUAACACUUUGGCAAACACCUAUGAAAACUAUUUGGCAUGUGAGCAUCAGGAGGAGAGCUGAAGCUGGAGUGCAGGAAAUCUAAGCAAAAGUGGAGCAUGUGAGUGUGAGCGCAGGGUUUGAAGUGAAAGCGUAACGUGAAAUGAAUACAGUAAGUCCUGUUCUUGAAAACCACUCUCUUGAAAAGCUAUUGCCAACUCCGAGCCCGUCUCGCUUUGUCGUGUAUUUAAAUGAGUGAAUUUGUUGCUUUGUGGACAUUUCGGCGCUUCGGUAACGUCAACAUCACGUCGUGGUGUUGACACUUUGCAUCGAACCCUCAGCCUUGUACCUCUCGCCGUUAGCUGUAGAUGAAGCCUCUCUGUCUGUUGGAUCCCCAAACAGAAGCAAUAACCCGUCUCCUUGAUGUUUGACCUGAAAUUAACAGAAACUAUACCUGUUACACAAGUGCAAUAUCCCAAACAUGAAGUCAUGCUCUAGUUUUAUUCAUCCUCGGAUGUUUCGAUGCUGUAAACCUCGGAGUACGUAGCUAUGCAUUUGCUUCGGACCACUAUUCACGACUGUUUCUACCAACAAUAGAGCUGGGAUGGAUUUUUUCUUUGAAGUAGCAUGUACCUAAAAAUGUAAUAAACUUAAAGAAAUACCUUGAAAAUGCAUGCAUUAGCCUUAUCCAUCUGAGCAACAAUGCAAUUUCCCAAACGCUUGUUAAAUAACUAAUUGUGUUCCGCUGCACGGUGCAGAUGGGAUUUUCACUCCUCUUUCAUGCAGGGAACUCCGGCGCCCACUGCUAUCGGUGUCAUUUUGAUCUGCAGGUAGAAAGGCAAGGUAUAAUUUGCGCCCCACAUAUGAAUUCUAACUCGGAGGAAAUAUGAUUUUGGACUGAUACAUUAAAUUAUCGCGUGUCGGAUUGGAAGGGUAAAAAAAAAAGUGGAUAGACUUCACUUCAUUGUAGUGAGUCAUAUUCACCUCAAACUUCAUUAUGUGAUCUACUUUGCAUACUUUAUUGUGACGGGUACGUGCUCUCUGACACUUUCCAAUAAAAAUGUGUGAUUUCCUUUU